CAAAAACAUGACAAAAAACUAUUAUAAAUAUUGAUUUUAAGCUUAUUUUAUGCCCAUAUUGAUUAUAUUUAUGAAACUGUCGUCUAAUAUUCAUGUAUAAAUCAUAGUUUGAGUGCAAAGGCUCCGUUACUGUUCGUCAUUCACAUCGAAUCUCAGUCUGUAGAACACAGCGUGAUGCGUGCGCCGGCGCCGCAGGGUGCGGUGCCGCUGAGCGCGGUGACGCGCUGGGCGCAGGUGUCGCACGCGCCGCUCACCGACUACAAGGGGAAGGCGCCGCCAUUACACGCCUACCCCGUGUUCCCAUACGAUGACGUCAUCAACAACCGUUUCGCUAUAUGGCAAGGUGACAUAUCGACGCUCGAAGUGGACGCGGUCACGAACACAAGUGAUGAAACGCUGACAGAAUGCAAUGCGAUCAGCGAACGGAUCAUGUCCGCCGCUGGACCGGACCUGAAGGAGGAGAUUAUUACUCGAGCUCAUGAAUGCAGAACGGGCGAGGUGCUGGUGACGCCGGGCUACAUGCUGCGGUGCCGGCACGUGAUCCACACGGUCAGCCCCAAGUACGUGCCCAAGUACCACACGGCGGCCGAGAGCUCGCUGCAUAAUUGCUACAAGAACGUGCUGCACGCGGCGAGCGAGCUGCGCGCGCGCUCGCUGGCGCUGUGCGUCGUCAACACGCCGCGCAGGAACUUCCCGCCCGACGUCGCCGCGCACGUCGCCUUGCGCACGAUCCGGCGCCACCUGGAGGCGAGCGCGCUGCCCGCGCUGGUGGUGCUGGCGGGCGCGUGCGGCGCCGAGCUGGCGCCGUUCGCGGCGCUCGCCCCGCUGUACUUCCCGCGCGCGGCCGGCGAGGCGGACGCGGCGCGCUGGGCGCUGCGCCCGCACGCCGACCCGCCCGAGCGCCGCAUCCGCAUCAUACACAACCCGCACGAGCACGCCGCGCCCGUGGACGACGACGCGUCGACGUGCGACGAGGAGCUCGCGGCGGAGGCGGCGGCCGCGUUCGCGCGCGCCGCGCCCGACACGCAGCGCCUGCUGCCCGCGCGCGACCCGCCGCCGCGCCCGCGCGCGCACACCUCCGACGAAUACGAGCGUCUGUUACGGCGCGCACGCAGCGAGGACCUCAGCGAGGUGUCGGGCAUCGGCUGCCUUUACCAGAGCGGCGUGGACCGACUCGGCCGGCCCGUCGUCGUCUUUAUUGGCAAAUGGUUCCCGAUUGCAGACAUCGAUCUGGAUAAGGCGCUGCUGUACCUCAUCAAGCUGCUGGACCCGAUCGUGCGCGGCGACUACGUGAUCGCGUACUUCCACACGCUGGCCUCGUCCGCCAACCACCCGCCCUUCUCCUGGCUCAAGGAGGUCUACACCGUGCUGCCUUACAAAUAUAAGAAGAACUUGAAGGCGUUUUACAUCGUACAUCCCACGUUUUGGACAAAAAUGAUGACGUGGUGGUUCACGACGUUCAUGGCGCCGGCGAUCAAGGCGAAGGUGCACACGCUGCCCGGCGUCGAGUUCCUGUACAGCGUGAUGCAGCCGCACCAGCUCGACGUGCCCGCCUUCGUCACGGAGUACGACAUGACGAUAAACGGUAUCCACUACUUCCAGCCGGACACGAACAACACGUAACUCGACGGCGCUGUGGCCUGUGACGUCACCACUAUCAUCACCGACUGACCAAAUUACUACUUCUCUAUAUUCGUGAUUUUUUUCUAAGGAUAAAUAUUGUAGUUCCAGCUGUUAAAAGGCAAAGGUCUGUUCUCAAAUAGCCUAGUCAAAUGUCAAAGUUCUGUCAAAUGUCAAAAAACAUUGUACAUGUGACGUGACGUCACAAAUACUACCGACCAAAUUUAUAUAUUAUUGAUUUUUUUUUAUAUUAUAUAGUAGUUCCAGUUGUAAAAAAGAGGUAAAGGUCUAUUGAAAAAAAGCUUUGAUGAGGAAACUUAAAAUUUGUAACUUUUAUAUUGAAAUGGUAGAUUGAAUUUUUAUCUUUGACACAGAUUAUGCUUUAAAUAUAGCUCAAUACGCUAGAACGAUCAAAGCUUGAAUUUGAAAGUAAAAUGUUUCUAGAAAUAUACUAUGGAAGACGAGUAUAUUGUACUAUUGCGCUCUUAUAAUAAUUUCUUUGAUAAUUGAAAUUAUUUUACACGUUAAUCGUACAGUAUCACUGCCAGUAGUGCAUGCAAUUUUGAGAACUAUAAACUUUUGGUCAGGCGCAUUUCGGUGUAGAACUUUGUUUUAAAGUGGAACUCGAUUUCAUUUUUAGCGUUACAUAUUAAUUACAAAAUAAAAUGUAAUCUUUUUUCGUUAAAUAAAUGCAUCUUUUUUGCAAUUAUGAUAAAGUAGAUAAAUUUAAUUAUUUCAUUUAAUCUUCGUUGUAGUAUCGCCAUAUUAAAAUUUUCUUAAAAUAUCUUUUAUUCCGUUAGUUCAGACUCUCUUUUUCGUUUUCAUAUUUAAGUUUCCAAUGAUUUUAAUGAAAACAUUGCAAACGAAUUCCACUUUAUAAUCUGCUAUUGUUAAAUUAAUAUAGUAUUUAGUGUAAGUGGUGCAUUUUUAUACUUUAAGCCAAUAUAUGUCAUAAUAAAGUAUUUUGUAUUGUUAAUCGUGAAUGAUGUUCGAUGCGUGAAUCAAUUAAGAUAACAUUAAAGUAUUUUUGAUAUAUAACUGAAUAUAAGUUUUUAAAAACACAUUAUUAUCACCAGUACAUAUAAAAAAACUAAAAACUAGUCAUCGUGAAGAUUAUUAUUUUAGCAAAAGUUUUAUAAAUGUGUAAACUCUGAAGUUAAAGUUGUUCUAGACAAAGUUUUGCAGUAAAUUAAAAUUUAAAAUAUAAAACAAAAGAUAUACUAUCUUAGCAAAAAUAUUAUAAAACAAAAACUUUAAAAUGCUUUUAGCAUGACCUAUAUAGAUAUCAUCAUCAGCCUUUCAUUUUUAGAUCCUAAUCUGUGAGGUAGGCCUAAUGCAGCUAUGGCUGUGUAACUAUCAGUAAUUGUCAUAGAACUUUUAUAUAUUUGUGACAUGCCAUUCUGCUAUCAUUUUCUUUAUUUUUCGCGCCAUAUUUUAUUAUUUUUCGAAUUCAGUAGAACCAACUUUUUUGUUUGUUCAAAACAAUAAACCGAAAAAUGUAAUAUUUGCACGUAUCGUACGUAAUCACAAAGUUUUUAAAUAAUCAUACCUAAAUAUAUAUAAAAAAUUAGCAAACACUUUAUUUUUGUGUUAAAGGUGCUGAUAUGAAGAUGAGAUUUUAGUUUUACGUAAUUUAGCGUAAGCAAAUAAUAAGUGUAAAUAUUGAAAGUUGUUGAAAGUCCUUCACUGCAUUUGCGUAGAAAGUAUUGAAGUUAGGGCCGAUAUUUACUAGAUUAAAAACCUAUGUCGUAACAAAGUGAUGCUUUGAGCAAUAAUGAAAGUACCAAUUUAUCGGCCUUAGAAUGUGUUUGUUCAUAUUCCAAACACAACAACACAAAAAUUUAACAAAAUAUUGCAAAAUGCAAAUAAUGCUAUGUGCCACAAGUUAAUUGGAAUAUAAAAAAAGUAUAUUUUUUCAAUAAAUUUUUGUUGUGUUAACAUUUCUUAAUGGUUAUGCAAUAAUCGAUUUCAACUUUGGCUUUAUAAACACAUUAAUUAAUGAUAUCAGAUUGUACAAUUUGUAAGUGGAUUUAAAUAGUUGAUAAAAUUAUGUUAAGUUUGUAACCAAGCUUUAGUACCAUUUAAGUGUGAAUUCAAUUGUUGUUGAAUGAAUAAAGAUACUAUGAAACUUUCAUGUUAAAUAUAAAUUGUUAAUGACAUAAUUAUUGUUAACCUUAUAUUAAUAUAUCCUGAACGCCAAUUAAGAUUAUUGUUAACUUCUAAAUUGAACCACUAGUGCAUGCACUGCAUUUGGAAAAUUAAUGGAGAAAACAUAUUUAUAUAAUGCUACAUUGCUAAUUUAUAGGGAUUUAAAAUGUGAUCAAGAUUGGUUAAGUUUCAUAUUUUAUUCAUUGUAAUGUUAGAUAGAACUUGUAAAUAUUUAACAGACACAAAUAAAUUGUUAAUUUA